UAUAUACUAAUGAUAUUCGCCGUCGGUGAUUACUCAUGUAGCGGUUGUCUGUGGAAAAACAGGAAGGUUGCUCAACGAAUAAUUGGCACUACAGGCGCGGAUCGAGGGCAUUAAACUGUUCCUAGCUAGCUAUCUGUUGGAUUAACCGGAUCCAAGAAGAAAAGAAAAUCCUAUUCAAAAUCCAAUGGCCAGGUGGAUAGCUGCUUCUCAGCAAAACUUCCCACCGGCGACAGCAGGGAAAGGUUUUGGGGAAGAUGAUGUACUUGGAUUUUCUCCAUCAUUUCGUGAUCAGGAGAACCAAGUAUUUGGGUGUGAGCAUUACAAAAGAAACUGCAAGAUCCGUGCUGCUUGCUGCGGCAAAUUGUAUACAUGCAGGUUUUGCCAUGACAAAAGCAGCGAACAUUCGAUGGAUAGGAAAGCUACUGCUGAAAUGAUGUGUAUGCGCUGCCUGAAAAUUCAGCCUGUCGGACCGGUUUGCUCGACUCCCUCCUGUGGUGGACUCUCAAUGGCAAAGUACUAUUGCAGUAUUUGCAAGUUUUUUGAUGAUGAAAGGACAGUUUAUCAUUGCCCUUUCUGCAAUAUAUGUCGUGUAGGGAAGGGUCUUGGAACAGACUAUUUCCACUGCAUGACAUGCAAUUGUUGCCUCUCAAUGAAGGUGGUGGAUCAUUACUGCGUGGAGAAUUGUAUGAAAACCACCUGUCCUGUCUGUUCUGAAUUCAUGUUCACAUCCUCGACAAGUGUCAGGAUUCUUCCUUGUGGCCAUUGUAUACAUGCAGCUUGCUUCAAGGAGUACACUCGCAGCCGCAGCACGUGCCCAAGCUGUAUCGAACCUUUAGGAGAUGUGGGUACCAAACCAAAACCUCCAAAUAACAGAGAAGGGAACAAACCCAUCAGUGAUUCCCGAUUAUGAAUUAUGAUGCUAGCUGUCAGCACUUGUGAGAUCUGCAAGAGUCGAUUAAUAAGAAGAAAGUGAUGCAGAAGCAGAAGCAGCAGCAGCAGCUACGACAGAAACAGAAAAACACCUGGAAAUCACGUCGUCAACAGUAUAAGAUCAGUCGUUUUGUUUCAGAAAUAAAUAACUAAAAAAACCCAGUCUUUUUGACAGGAAAAAAAGUACUGUUUUUAUUUUCUGGACAUGCAAUAAUACUUUUACGCAUAUUAUAAGGAUACCGGGGGUUUUCAUUCCAUACCCACCAGAUGGGGUUUUUAUUGAGUUAAUAUAUCAUGUGAAAUGCUUAUUAAUAAUUAUUAAUACUACGUACUCCGA